AUGCGGGCAAUAACUCGCUUUUUCGGCGGACCGCCGCGCCGUGUUUCUAGUCAUAUCAAGCGGCUACGGGCGGAGGGAGAGGCGGCCUUCAGACGUUCCCUGCACCUAGCGCCGCCUUUCCUCCUCGACGACUACACACCGCGCUACAUGGGACUGAGCUCGACCGAGGCGGCCAAGAAGCGGUCCAAGGCGUACGCCCACCUCCGCAACUGCAACCUGUGCCCGCGCCUCUGCGGCGUCAACCGGUACGAGACGACGGGCAUGUGCCUCAUCGGCGACAAGGUCAAGGUCAACGUCAUCGCGCCGCACUUUGGCGAGGAGCCCUGCGUCCAGGGACACAACGGAAGCGGCUCCGUUUUCUUCAGCAUGUGCAACCUGCGCUGUGUCUUUUGCCAGAAUCACGACAUUUCCCACCAGAGGAACGGCCAGGACUUGACGCCCGAGGAACUGGGAGAUUGGCAAGUAUUUUAUUUUGUUCUGUUCAUCAAGCUGCAGGAGGUCGGCAAGGUGCACAAUAUCAACCUCAUCACGCCGGAGCAUGUCGUUCCCCAGGUUGCUUUGAGCAUCCUCCACGCGCGUGACAACGGGCUGACCUUGCCCAUCAUCUACAAUACCUCGGCCUACGACUCGUUGGCCUCGCUCGAGCUGCUGGACGGACUCGUCGACAUCUAUCUCCCCGACUUCAAGCUGUGGUCACCUGCCAGCUCCAAGCGCCUCCUCAAGGCGGACGACUACGCGGCCACGGCGAGGGAGAGCAUCAAAGCCAUGCACGCCCAGGUCGGCGAUCUCUGCUUCACCCCCGACGGCAUCGCCAAGAAAGGCCUCCUUGUGCGUCACCUUGUCAUGCCGGGCUUCGAAGCCGAGGGCGCCGAGAUUAUGAAGUUCCUCGCGACCGAAGUCUCCAAGGAUUGCUUCGUCAACAUCAUGGAGCAGUACCACCCCGACGCCUACGUCGGCCGACCAAAAGCCAGAGCCAAGCAAUCCGCCGCCGACAAGAGCGACGAUGCGACCGAGAGACGCUAUGCCGAAAUCAAUCGCGCUGUGACGAAAGAAGAGAUCAGCUCCGUCCGAAAGGCUGCCGAGGAGGCAGGGCUUUGGCGGUUCUGCGACCCCCCCGGGCACAACGGCUUCAAUCUCUGA